AUGUCGGCGCUGGAGUGGUUCGCGCACAAGCCCCUGGGCGGGGGCAUCUUCUGGAUCCAGGAGCGCUUCUACGAGUCGGGCAACCGGGCCAACAUCUGGCUGGUGCGGGGCUCGCAGCGGGACGUGGUGAUCGACGCGGGGCUGGGGCUGCGCAGCCUGCCCGAGUACCUGCGGGCCGCCGGGCUGCUGGCGCCGGCGGAGGGAGCCGGUCCGCGGCCGCUGCUGGCCGUCGCCACCCACGUCCACUUCGACCACUCGGGCGGGCUGCAGCACUUCGAGGAGGUGGCGGUGCACAGCGCCGAGGCGGCGGCCCUGCUGCGCGGCGACAACUACGAGGCCGUCACCUGGCUGUCGGACCGGGAGGUGGCGCGGCCGCCGCGGCCCGGUUGGCGGGCGCGGCACUUCCGCGUCCCGCCCGUGCGGCCCACCCGCCUGCUGCAGGAGGGGGAUGUGAUCAGCCUCGGAGACCGACAGCUUACCGUCAUGCACAUGCCUGGUCAUUCAAGAGGCAGUAUAUGCUUACACGACAAAGACCGGAAGAUUUUGUUCAGUGGAGAUGUGGUGUACGAUGGAUCCAUGAUUGACUGGCUUCCCUACAGCAGAAUAAGUGACUACGUUGCAAGCUGCCAGCGCCUCAUGGAGUUAGUGGACAGAGGUCUCGUGGAGAAGGUACUGCCUGGGCACUUUAACAUAUUUGGGGCAGAAAGGCUGUAUCGUUUGGCUUCCAACUACAUUUCGCAAGCUGGAGUUUGUCACAAGGUUUCUACUUGUGCCAUGAGAUCCGUUGCAAGCAUAGCACUUCGCAUUACAAAUUCGAGAGUCACUUCUUAGUGACAGUGCAUUUUGUGUGAUCUAUUCCCUGUUGAAAAACCAAACGGCUUGUGGAAGUGUUGAUAGAAGCAAAAGCGAUAU